AUGGUGACGCUUCUCAAGGGACGUGGGCUGCAGAGGCAGCAGCAGAGGCAGCCGCAUGAGCUCCCCAGCACACAACCAGCACCGACUGAGCACGACCACAGAGUAUCGCUUCACCACCCAUUCUCCCUCCUUUUUACUCGCCUUCUUGCUUGUCGUUUUGCUCACUUCCCAUUCCACUGCCUCCCCGCUCUAGCUGCCUAUAGCACACCCAAGCCCCCCUUGUCUUUUCAAGGGCUCUGCUUCGGCGACGCUUCUCAAGGGGCGUGGGUGGAGGUGCAGCAGCACAGUUUGUCUGAUCCGCAUCUGCUGCUUCCACUCACUCACUCCUGCUCCCCUGCUGUCCUCCCCCCUCCCGUUCCCCCUCUCCCCCACCCUCCUCCCCUCGCCCUCACUGCCCCUCGCUCUCCUUGCCGGGCCCUGCUUGGCAGACGCCGGCACCAUCUGCUCAAUCCAGUGCACUGCUCUGCUUGGCGCUCAGGCUUCAUCUUCUCGAGGCUGGCGCGUCUCAACUCAAGGGACGUGGGUGGGAAGGCAGCAGCAGGGGCAGAUGCAUGGUUCCCCUUGGGCUCCCCAGCACACAACCAGCAUACACCCGCCCAGCACGAUCAAUGCACGAUAGGAACAGUAGAGGGGGAAGCAGAGGCAUGCGGGGAAGCUAAAGGGGGGAAGCACAGGGGGGAACGGAGGCAUGUGGGGAGGAGCCAAACGGGAGCAGGGCGCCUAUCUGCUGCUCUACUCACCGCAGCUAAGUCCCUCAUCCUGCUGCCUGCUGCACUCCUGCUGCUAUGCACUUUGGUGGUGGAGAGUGGUGGUGGUGGUGGUGGUGGUGGUGGUGGUGGUGGUGGUGGUGGUGGUGGUGGUGGUGGCGGCGGCGGCGGUGGCGGUGGUGGUGGUGGUGGUGGUGGUGGUGGUGGGUGGGGCAGAGUGGGGUGA